ACAGAGAUAAGCCGUGCGAUCGCGUCCAUGUUUUGGUUGAAAGCAAAUGGAAGGCGUAGACUGACAGAGAUACAUAUAACGAAUUAGAAUCGAUGAAGGAAGAAGGCCAAAGUGAAAACAAGGCGCCUGAAAAUCCGAAAUUUCUUGUCAACAAAGAUGGAUUCCCGCUCUCUGAAAAUACUAUUGAAACUUUGUGGAAAAAUGUAAAAGAACUGCACGAGGAUGGUGAAAAGUACGAGAAGGAAAUUCGCGGGAAUCUAGAAUUGCCAAAAGCUGCCUUCCCACUAGCUCCAUCCUUCAGUUCAUUGAUGUCAACAAAAGAUAAAAUUGAAAGCAUACAAAAUUAUAUGAACAAUCUUCAGUACAAUCACACUGGACUGCAGUUUUUUGAAGUAAAAAAAUAUAGGCCCAUUUGUGGCUUGAUAGAGGUCGCCAAGGAAAUCAUCAAAGAAUCGCUACCUAUAAAAUGUCUAGAAGCUGUUAUUUUGUCGCUUUACUUAACUUCAAGCAUGAACGACAUCAUAAGGUUUACUAUAAGCUUUAAAUCAAAGUUUGUCACCAACAUUCACAGACACGUUGUUCUGGGACUAAAUCAUGGUAUUUAUUAUGGAGCUCUUGGGAUGAGUCGAAGAAAAGAGUUAAUGGACAAGCCUCUAACCUUCCAAAGUUUAGGAAAUUUAAUUUUAGACUACAAAACUGCGUAUGAGAAUUGUCACCAUAAACUAAAGAGAGUAAAACUAAGUUUACCAGUUGCACAUGAUGUUCACAGUUGUGAAAGAAUUUCAUGGAAGUACUUCACGUUACCAGUUUCUAAGAUGACUGACGGGGAAAUCAAGGAUGCUUUAGAUAAAUACUCAAGAGUAUUAAAAAAGCUAUGAUGUUUUGUCACAUGACAUAUAAUGAAUUAACAAAUAUUAGUGUCUUGUUAACUUGAAUUAAAUUAUUUGAAGUAAUCUUACUUAGUUUUUACUUGGCACAUUCUCUAGAAUUUCUGUUUUUUGCAUUAAAUUAGCAUGGUUA